GGAGAAAUAGACAAACCCGGCUGACAACAGAACGGGUGAGAGACUUUACAGAUACUCUGUAUAUCAAAACUUUACUUAAAACAUGAAUGAAAAUGACCCAGGGUGACACCAUGGAAAGUGUUUCUACUAAACUUAACAGUCAAUUGUCAGACCCCAUUGACAGUGAUGCAUCAUUUGUGAAAGAAACAGAGCUAAAUAGUGAAGCCUCUGAGUCAAUAAAUGAAAUAGGAGACAAGGGUGGUGGGCACCAGGCUGAGGAAUGCUCUGUACAGCCAGGGGAAGAGACAGAGGGACCAGCUGAAGCCCCCCCAGAGAAGGGCUUGUUGGAGAGUCAGAUGACUGAGUGCACAGAGUCAGUGAACCUAGAAGCAGAGGCUGCAAAUGAAACAACACUGGACAAACAUGAUGCUCAGGAGUCUGGAGGAACUGCAUCCACAGAGGGGAGAAGAUGGGGUGGCUGGGGCUCAUGGGGGAAGUCCCUUUUGACAACGGCAACGUCAACUGUUGGUCAAGGGAUAACAGCAGUCAAAGAAAAGGCAGCCACACUUACAAUCCAUAGCAGCUCUUCAGCUUCUGAGGAGAGUAAGCAGUCCGGAAGUAAUGAAGGGACAAUACCAGGUGUUCCUGAAGACCUGAGUUUAACUGAAUCCCCUUCCUCAUCUGCUUCAUCUGGGUCACGUGGAAUGUUGUCAACCAUUACAAACGCAGUUCAAAAUACAGGUAAGUCUGUGAUUACUGGUGGUCUGGGUGCAUUGGAAUUUAUUGGUAAGAAGACAAUGAACGUGCUUGCAGAGAGUGACCCUGGCUUCAAGAAGACCAAAAUACUGAUGCAGAGAACUGUAACUUUGUCACAGAUGUUAAGGGAAGCAAAAGAUAAGGAGAAGGAGAGGAUUGGCAAUCAAGUUGUAAUGGAGAGGACAGCGCACUAUGGAAUACUCUUUGAUGAUUUCCAGGGCUUAUCUCAUCUGGAGGCUCUAGAGAUUCUCUCAAAUGAAAGUGAAUUCAGGGUUCAGUCUGUCUUAAUGUCAAUUGAAGGAGAAGAAUUAGAAACUUUGAAAAGGGAUCUGAUUACAAUUAAAGAAGUCUUCCUGGAGAAGGAUUUUGAAAAAGAAGAUGAUGAUGAAAAAGCUUCUGAAGGAGAAGAGUUUGUGAGCAUAAUAACAGAGCUACUUUUUGAACUGCAUGUUGCUGCCGCGCCUGACAAACUCAACAAGGCAAGAAAAAGGGCCCAUGACUGGGUAAACAAAGUGGAUCUUUUAGCAAUGGAAAGUGAGGAAAAACCGAAAGAAGAAAACACAGAAUUAGGCAGUAAAAAAUAUGAGGAAACAAGUAAAGCAGAGGAAGAUAAUUCAAAGUCUGUUGGGGAUAUCUACAUGUCAUCAGUUGAAAGCCUGGCUGAGGUGACAGCUCGUAGUAUUGAACAGCUUCACAAAGUGGCAGAGCUAAUUCUCCAUGGACAAGAUGUAGAGAAGCCAGCUCUGGAUCAGGCCAGAAUCCUUACCAGGCUAACUGGGGCUAUGUGCAAGGAGGUAUCUUCCCUUUCUAAGAAGUUUUCUGACACUUUGACAGCAGCAGGGAGCAAAUUAAAGGCAGAGGUCCUAACCCCCUGGAUUAACAGUGUGUUAUUAGAGGGAUCAAACAGCACCGCCUACAUUCAGGAUGCUUUCCAGUUGCUUCUUCCAGUAUUACAGAUCUCACAUUUACAGACUACCAGCUCUGAAACACCCAGUGAACGCUAGGGUUCCUCUUGGAAAAAGACUAAACUAUUAUUGGAAAUCUUAGGAUAUACACUACAUUGCAACAACAACAUUUUAUAGUAUCAUUAUUUCAUUACACUAAAAUAGUAGUGAUCUAUAUUUUCAUUAUGAACACAAAUCUGUAUUGUUUAAUGUCCCUGCUACACAGACAAAUGCCACAGUAGUGUAUAGUGCUUAAAUUGAUAUUCUAUUCACAGCACUGCUUUUAGCAAAUGAGAACAUGGUAAGGCUGAAAUUUUAUACAGAUACACUAUUUUUGUUUCUAGUCAAAGUAGUUGGAUGUGAUACAAGGGUUGUAUGCAAAACAUUAGAACAACAACAAAAAAAAAUGCAAAUUUUAUGAAACAGGGAAAUUAUGCAUAUUUAAAUAAUAUGAUGUAAUGGAGUUUGCACUGUUGCAUGGUGUAGUAAUCAACAUUUUUUAUGACUGUCAGAUAAUCAUUAAUAUAUGUAAAAAAGUGACUGAAUCACAGCUGCAUUUUUUAUGACUGUCAGAUAAUCAUUAAUAUAUGUAAAAAAGUGACUGAAUCACAGCUGCAUUUUUACAUUUAAAUACAGAGUCUGUUGCGCUUGCACUUUGUAAAAUGAAUAGAAUAAAUACACUUUUAGUAUAUGCCUUUUGAUUUAAAACAAUUAAUCUUAACAGGUGCGGCUGUAAAUACCAUAUAUACAUGGCAUUUUAAAACAUCUCAAUGAAUUACCUAAUUACCUAGCAUUUGUUGUAUUUAAAGGAUAUCUGCCGCAAUGUUAUCAAUUCAGUCCCCCUGUGUUCUAACUAAUUUGCUUAACAUUUAACUGCAUACAUGGCUAGCUAAAUGUUUGUUAUGAUGCAUGAUAGAUAUUAUGAUUAAUUUAUGUAACAUUUCUAAAUUCCUUGUUUUGGCACCUAGUGCUACAUUUUUAUAUCCCUAAUUAGAUGUUUGUUUGUUUGUUUGUUUGUUUUUAUUUUCCAUGAAAUGAAUUAAUUCACCUAAUUGAUUUGUCAAAUUAAUUGUGUGAUACAGAACUACAUCAAAUUACAUUUAAAGAUUUCAUGUAAUAUGAAAGUAUGACUUUUUUGAAAACAUAUCAGAAGUAGAGCAAUGUUCAUUUCUAUUCGGUGAACACAUUGAUCAAUUAAUUUAAUCCAAUUAUAUACAGCUCCAAGUUCUCAAUUUAUUUAAUGAACAAAUUCCCAAAAUGAUUAGGACCCUAGGACGAUAGCAUUGAUAAAUAAUCUAGUUCCCAUCAUUUUUCAUCACUUAUAAUUAACAUUUUGUGUAUUACUUAAAAGAAACUAACAUUAUGUUGGUGCAUGCCUAAUACUGAUAUUGUUAAGUAGCCAUUUAAAAAGAAAAUGAACACAUGUACUGUACAACCACUUCUUACCAAAAGCAUUUAAAUACAAAAUAAAAUA